AUGGAGCUCUCUCUGCUUUUCUUGCCGCUGCGUCCACUCACCUCCCAUCUCGUCUGCUUGGCGGUUUCAGUUGUCUUGUUCCUCAUUGUCAAGCUGCAAAGGAGAGGACGGUGGAGACCGAGAGAGUGUCCAGUGGAUCUCAAUGGCAAAACGGCCAUUGUCACAGGAGCUAACACAGGUAUCGGGAGAUAUAUUGCUCAGGACCUUGCCCAGAGAAAUGCCCGUGUGAUCCUGGCCUGUCGUAGUUUGGAACGAGGAGGGAGAGCGGAGAGAGAGAUCCGGCGCAGGACAGGGAAUAAUAAUGUUCACCUCCGCAUCCUGGACACCAGCUCCAUGGAGUCUGUGCGGAAGUUCGUCGAGCAGAUUAAGAAGGAGGAGAAACGACUGGAUAUCCUUGUAAAUAACGCAGCCGGCUCAGGUUUAAAGGAGACAAUCACUUCCGAGGGUUUGGGACUGAGCAUUGCCACUAACCACCUGGGCCCAUUCCUCCUGACCAACCUGCUGCUCGACCUGAUGAAAUGUUCUCAGAGCGCCCGGAUUGUGAAUGUCUCUUCGAUGAAUCACAAAAAGGGGAAGAUCGACAUUAGGCAUUUUAAAGGAGAGAAUCUCCCAAGAUUCCAGGUUGCUGCAAUGUACAACAACACCAAACUAAUGAACAUGCUGUUUACCAGGGAGCUUUGCAAUCGGCUUCAUCACACAGGUGUGACAGUGAAUGCUGUUCACCCCGGAGUGGUGAUGACAGAAAUUUUGAGGGACUACAAUCUGCUCCUGAGAAUUAUCUUCAACCUGAUUGGAAUCUUCUUCUUCAAGUCUUCAGAGGAAGGAGCGGUGAGCACCAUCUACUGUGCUGUGUCUAAGGAAAUGGAGGGUGUCAGUGGGAAGUACAUCGACAGUGAUUGCUCUGUCACUCUGCCCAGUCCAACAGCACAAGACCAAGCCUUAGCUAAAAAGCUGUGGGACAUCAGUGAGUCACUCACCGGCCUCGACAAGCGGACAACUGGAGAGUCAAGUUAA